AUGAACGCCCACACUCUGGUAGCUCGUGUCGCAAUGCGACAAAGUUGCCACUCACUUCGGCAGAUUUCGGCGCCGCGACUAUUCGCCUCAGCAUAUCAUUCAUACUCAUUGCCGACAUCCACCACCCGCAACGUCGAUAGGGAUAGCAUUCCCGAGACCCCGAUAGCUGCCCCAGAGGCCCUGCCGCGGGUUCACGAGACACGCCCGCCACCAAGACAAGCAAACCCAGCAACACCGCUCGCCACUCCAGACCCGAAAGCGCCAGCGAAAGAGCCAGCAUCAAUCUCAAAGCCCAGCGAACCGGCAGCACAAAAGUCCAGAGCUACGCGCCCACGGCCAAAGUUACGUCCUCGGAAAGCGGCCAUGAAACUCACGCCUGCCGCUGUAGAGCAGCUCCGGUCGAUGCUAGACCAGCCGGAACCCAAGCUCAUCAAAGUCGGCGUUCGUAACCGGGGCUGCAGUGGCCUGGCGUAUCACUUGGAAUAUGUGGACAAGCCUGGUACAUUUGAUGAGAUGGUUGAGCAAGAUGGAGUCAAGGUGCUCAUCGAUAGCAAAGCCCUGUUCAGCAUCAUCGGGACCGAAAUGGACUGGGCUGAGGACAAGCUGAACCAACGAUUCGUCUUCAAGAAUCCCAACAUAAGUAUGUUUUUUUAA